UAUGAUGUAUUUUGAGCUUCGCGUUCCAUUUUUUUCCUGUCCCAUUCUUUCUGCCUUCCUGUGCGCAUUGAUAUUUAGUGUGCUAUGGUUGGGGGUGAAUGAGAUUGAAGAAGAGUUCUUGUUUUGUAUCUCAGUUUCUCUCUUUUUAGACAUUUUAAAAAUCCAUUUGUUAUAUCGGUGUCGUGCGCCAUGAUGUGUAUUUGGACAUAUGCAGCUUAAAUAGGCUUAUAUGUUUAGGACGAGAUUCGGUUGCGAAAUACCGGGCUGUUUGUAAAUAUUUAUUUAAAUAAUUUGUGUGAGGAGAGCAGGGUUUGACUGCUGCUCAAGUGAGUAAAACAGAGGAGGCCCCAGAACCCCCUCACUGCAAGUUGGAUGGUGUUCAAAACAGGAGACGCAGUGAAGGCUCAACAGGCUGAGAGCUGUCCAAGACUGAGCUGCCCACAGAAGGGAUCGAUGAUGGAAUUACAGAACCUCCAGGAGGCGCUCAAAGUGGAAAUACAGGUCCAUCAGAAACUUGUGGCCCAAAUGAAGCAGGAUCCACAGAAUGCUGAUUUGAAGAAGCAGCUCCAUGAACUCCAAGCCAAGAUCACAGUUCUGAGUGAGAAGCAGAAAAAGGUUGUGGAGCAGCUGAGGAAGGAGCUGUUGGUGAAGCAGGACCAGGCGGAGAUCAGAAUGCAGGCACAGCACCCCCCACAGCCUGAUGGGAAAGCCUCUGCUCUGCCUUCAGCCCAGUUCCAGCCAGCUCUCCCCCCUCCCAACCUGAGCACCCCACAGACUACAGUCACAGGCACACCGGUCAUCCCCAACAAAUCUCUACCUCUGGUGCUAAAAGCUGCCACCCCUAACAUGCCCACUUCCGUCGUGACCCCACGACCUUCUGUUGCCAUGGUCACCACCCUCAGCCACAUGCCCAAACCCACUACACAGAGCUCUGAACAGAUACAGACCACACCUCUUGGCCUCCAAGCAACGGGCAAGCUGACCCAUCAGGGAACAGAACCACUAAGGAUAGUCUCAAAGAAUGCUGUUGUUGUGCAGGCCACCACUCAGCAUAUCAAAGUUCCACAGUUUGUUCCUCCUCCCAGACUGACACCUCGGCCCACCUUUCUACCACAGGUUCGACCUAAACCAGCUCCACCCGCCACCACAGUGCCCAUUGCUCCUGCCCCCACACUCACAUCCCUGCCCCCAAUGCUGGCAGCUCCACAGCUACUGCAGAGGCCUGUCAUGUUGGCUACAAAACUCAGUGCUGGCUCAAUGCCUGCAGCUCCUGGCCCCAUCACUCAGCUCCGUAUCCUCAACGGCCAGUCCGGCGCUACCAUCACCAAGAGCCUGACUACCACUCAGCUCACAGGCAUCGUCAUCACCACCCCGGCAACCAUUGCCCCCAUCCAGCUGACCACAGCCCCUAUACAACAGGCCAGCAGCAUCAGCCCUGGAGCAAAGGUUGAGGUCAUUCAGGAACCAAACAGAUCACAGAGGGUGACCACUUCCCCUUCCCCUGUCCCUGUCCGUGUAUCGAUGCCUUCCCCUCCUCCACCCCCUAAACAGGAGGAGAGUCCAGAGAAACUUGCCUUCAUGGUGUCCCUUGGCCUAGUAACACAUGACCAUUUAGAGGAGAUUCAGAGUCGGAGACAAGAGCGAAAGCGGCGAACCACAGCAAACCCAGUGUACAGUGGGGCUGUGUUUGAGCCCGAGCGCAAGAAGACAGCUGUGACCUACCUGAACACACCUCUCCAUCAAGGCACCAGAAAGCGAGGUCGCCCUCCCAAAUACAGCAGUGUGUCGGAGUUGAGCCUUCAUCCCCCCGCCACCCCCACCGGCAGCCACUUGGCCCCUCAGGCCCCCAGGGGCCCCGACUCCGGGGGCCCUCCUUUACCCGUCCACCCACACACUCUUCCUCUGCCAAACCCCACCUCUGGGGAUGGAGAUAUCCAUGAGGACUUCUGCACUGUGUGCAGACGCAGUGGUCAGUUGCUUAUGUGUGAUACAUGCUCUCGUGUCUAUCAUCUGGACUGCCUGGAUCCACCUCUGAAAACCAUUCCCAAGGGCAUGUGGAUUUGCCCAAAAUGUCAAGAUCAGAUAUUGAAGAAAGAAGAAGCAAUCGCAUGGCCUGGAACACUGGCCAUUGUUCAUUCGUAUAUAGCAUACAAAGCAGCGAAAGAGGAGGAGAAACUGAAACUGGUGAAAUGGAGUGAGGAGCUAAAGCAAGACAGGGAGCAGCUCGAACAAAGAGUCAAACUACUGAGCAACUCAAUAACAAAAUGCAUGGAGACCAAGAACACAGUGCUUGCUCGACAAAAGGACAUGCACGUGUCUCUGGAGAAAGUCAAGGGUCUGGUACGCCUCAUCCAAGGCCUCUGCCUCCCGCCCCUUCCUGAUGCACCAUCCAACCCCAAUGGCAUUGCUAACGGUGAGACAGACCAUCCCAGCUCCAAGCACACAGACUGUGGGAGCCUCACUGAUAACAUCAAUGACAACAAUAACAGCAAGGACAACUCAAAGAGUAAUGACACAGAUGAGACGGUGGAGCCAGAGGAGCAGGAGGCGCAGGAGGAGCAGGAGGAGCCAGAGGAGCAGGAGGCACAGGAGGAGCAGGAGGAUCUCAACAACAGCACUGGCAACAGCAGUAACCUCAGCACAGCCCCUGAGCCCCCUCAGCCCCAGGCAAUGCCCCCCAUACACGUGGAGGGAGCCAAAUAACACCCCGCCAUUUAUGGACAUCUGUGAAAUACCCGUCUGGGAAACCCAUUCAGCACCUUUAUAAGGUGUCCAAAGUUGCCAAUCAAAGUACAGUUUCUUUUUUUCAUCUGUCAUUGAAAUGUCUCUGAGGAUGAGUUUCCUGACUGCCAGUCAGGAAACAGAGGGUUUUGUCCAGUACCAGCAGUAUGCCAAUUCAAGGUCUAAGAACAUCAGUGUAAAGGAUGAUCAUAAUGACUCUAACGAACAAUGAUAGUAAUAAUAAUAGUAAUAAAGGUUUAAAAACAUCACACCAAUGUGUGCCUGCAACAGUCGCCGUAGCGCCUCUUUAUGGGGGAUGGUUCCUUAGGGUGUAUUGGUCUGCAGUUCCGCAAGAAGUGAUUGGUGAGAGAUAUCUAAAUGCCCAUCUAAAGAGGCUCUUCACCAACCUCUCUCCACCAUUCUGAAACCAAAACCACAGCUCUGGAGCAGUCAUGAAGCAAGCUACUCUUCAGUGUUUGUCUCCUGUUCCUUUCGUUACUGUGAUGCUCUUGCAAGCAUUUGUGAUUCUUACCACUGAGUCGCCAUACAUGUCCUGUUCCUCCUACAUUUAGUGGUCAUGACAACCUCCCCAAACACUCAUAUUCCAAGUCUGCUGAAAGUGACCCCCAUCCCAAUAAUCUGAGGGCUAGUGGGAUUCUGAACCUGCAGCAGUGGUCUGUGUACUUCAGAUACAUGCCAUGGUUAGCUCUCGGUCAGUGUUUUGGAUUUGUGUGGUCACGUGCCAGUGGACUUCAUUCUGGCCUUGGUUUGGAUUCAUUUGCUCAUCUCUUUUCCGUUGUAAAGCACUGAUGACAGGAAAUGUUGUAGAAGGUGCUCUCAAGGCAGUGGAACUGCAUGGGUACAAGAGGUGACACGAAUUGACAGGUGAAGAUGAUUUGGAUGCUGUACAUUUGUGCAGAUCUCAUCUCAGGCGCUUGUCCAGCUCACACCCGACUGCUAAGCAAAGAGCAGAUUGUCCCAGUGCAGCUUUCACUGAAGGAUGAGCAGGUUUAGUUCAUCAUUCUGUUUUGGAGAGGGGCACUCUAGGCUCUAGGCUUUUGCGCAAACAUUUGAAGUUAUAGGUAAAGAGAGAACAAUGAUUUAUUAUUUUUUACAUAAUAUGUGGGGGAAAAUAUUCAGGUCUUCCUAGUGCUGAAAUGUUAAGGUACAAAUAUUUACAAGUGCAUUUCUGUUUCAUAAAACAAUGAUUUCUAAUUUAAGUGUUAGGACUGGAAACAUUCUGUAAAUAUAUUUUCUUUAUUUUUUUAAGAUUAACUUUGCAUAUAAUUUGUUGAAUUCUCAACUGCCAAAUGUUUCUGAAUCCAAAUAUAGCAGGGAAAUGUCUUCUUAAGUUGUAAACAUAAUGUACCUAAAGUUACAUGUGCAUAACCAAGAACAUCUGUAACAGGUACAACUUCUUUAAGACUUGACCCCAGGAGUGAAGAAGAAGUGAGCUGCAGAGAAAAACUAUCAGAGAGUACAGCUAUAAGAGAGGUGAAAUCACUAUGGUUACUAUAGAUGUGACAGUUUGGAUUUGCCAACUGCAGUCAGCGAUAUUCUGUGUUGUCCUAGCUAGCAUAUGGUGACAAAUAGAAAACUGUCCCAUUGAACUUCCUACAUUUCCACAUUAUGCACACUGAUCUCAAAUUUAUUAUUAAAUCAAUAUUGGUCAGAUGUCGUUAACACUGACGUAGCAUCUUAAGGGCUUUCUUUGUUGUUUUGGUUUCUCAGUUGCAGUGGUAUCUUAUCUCUGAAAGAGCGAUUAGGAUCCCUAUAAGCACAAGUGUGACAAAAUAAUAUGCUGGUGCAGUACUCAAUUUGGAGUAUUGUUUUGUAUAUUCCCAUAUUAUCUUUAGUGCACCUGGAUAAAACCCAAACUCCUGGUCUCUCAUCUGGGGCCUAUGACCACCACAUCAUGAUUCAAAAUGGUGUGGUGAACACUGGACUACCAGAGCCUAAAAAUUCAAUUUGUAAUGAAUUCUUUGUUAAUGACAUUUGUUCUUGAUUCGCCUGUUUGUCUUAUGUAAAGGUCACUGCUGGUGGUUUCCCUCAUGACCUUCUCCAUCAUCUCCAUGUGUCUUCUCCUUAAUGAAAGACAAAUGACUAUGUGUACUAGAGAGCACAAAAGUGUACUCAUGUUGUCCUGAUGGGGCAAUAUGAUACUCAUCUCAAAGGUCAAAGGUCAGCAGGCAAGCACGAGUGAGGACCAGUGUUGUUUUCAUGUGUUCUGUCUUGUAUUUUCUAUGUGCACACUGCCGUGCUCACCCAUUCUUUUUGGCCUUGGUAGCAUUAGUCAUCUCUUUUAUUGCGACUGCCUUAAGAAAUAGUCUUCAUCAUUUGUUUUCCAAAAGUGGUGUGUUUUGGUUCAUGUAUUGUUGGUCUUUACUUUUCAUUGUCUUAAAGAAUGUUUGUGUAUGGUGUAUCUCUUCAUCAAAAUAAUCCUCCUUUGCUUAGAAUACAGAUGAUCAUCGGGGGAGGGGAGGGGUGGGCAUGGGGACUGCCUGCUUUUGUCUAAUGAUGAAGUAUAGUGUGGGGUCAGUGCCUAAAUAUGUGUUCUGUGCUUGAUUUUUGAGUGCUCUAUGUGUCAGUCCUGGGUGUGAUCAAGAGAAUAUUACAUUGAACAGUUACAGAUAAGCCACAUUACUUUUUAAUUCUGUCUUACCACAACUUUAUUUGUAAAUAUACUACAGCACUUUUAAAACCUUAUUAGUAUUAUUAUAUUAUUUUCAGAACAGUUGCUUUAUUUCUCCUUUUGUACCCUUUUUAUUUAUUACAGAAGUAAGACCACAGUAUUUACAAUCCCUUGUAGAAUAAUUGUUCUGAGAACUGUUAUUAUGUUUCCAGUUUGAUCGGAGUUGAAACAAAAAUAAAACUUGCAGAUAACAAUUUCUAUGACCCUGUCAGAAUUAGUGUUGGUUAGUUGAAGCCAAGGGGAAUAAUUCAAACAGUUUAAAAAGUUAAAAGUGGACAAACAAAAUCAAAAGAGAUAUCUUCAAAAUAUCAUUGGUAUGCAAGAUAUUUCAGGGCUGUUGUCAGCUUUGGGCUUUCAUAUUUUUUUAUGUAUGUAUUUAUUUCGGUAUUUUUAUUGAUUUCCGCCUGCAAAUGCCAGGAUUGGUCAGUGUGCAUUUCAGCUUUGCUUCUCCAUGUGCUGCAAUGUCAAAGCACUGGUACCUCUGAAUAAGAUAGUAUGUGACUUAUUUGAGACCAAUUUUUGAAGACAUAGUGACGUGAACAUAGCAAAACAAAAAAAAGCCACCACCAGGACCUUAAUAUAAUAUGUAGUAUAUUAAUAUGACACAUUAAACAUUGACUAUUGUGGAGUUUACAGUCAUGCAAAGUCUAUUUCAUGUCAUGUCUCAAGGCAAGUACUAUUAUGAAUGUUAUUCGUCAGAUAUUUGUUAAACAGACUUAUAUGGUGAAGUGCACCAUUGAAAUGAAGAAGUAUAUAUUGUCCCCUUACCCAGCAUACCCAAAGAAUAUGUCCAUGCCCAUUCAGUCUCACAUGAAUAUGCACCAGCAAAAUAAUAGUAAUAAUAUUUGAUCAAAUGACAGCUUGCAAUGGUUUUAUUUUUUAUUUUCUAUGGCUGCAAAGAUUGUGUUGUAAAUGAAAGAAGUGCCCACAAUUAUUUAUGGAUUAUUCAUUAUACUGAAACAGGGAAGAAAAGACUAAUUGUACCUUGACUAUUCUAUUGAAAUGGAGUUGCCUCAGUUGCAGAAUAAUAACUGGAACAGAUACCCAGACCUUGCCUAAUGAAUACAGAAAUUAGGGUGCAGUGCUAAAUCAGGAAAACAAUUCUGAAUUUUUUGGUUGAAUGAAAACGGGGUUAACAGUGUUAACACAAGUAGUUGAACAUAUGGCUCUUUAUGUGUCUUAAAUAAAACAAAAUACUUUUAUCUUCAGGUUUAAAUUAAAAGCAAGAGUGGGGCAAACAAUUCAGUUUUGUUAUUGUGGUAUAUAUGUUCCUGCCAGUUCCAUAUCAAACACACUUUGACGCCCUGUUUAGAGGAAGUUGAUGGAGAUAAACCAUUUAAAUUGAGCUGUGUACUUGCUGUAAACUAGUAGGUCAACAGAUGAUUCUGACCCACUGUAUGUUGUCUGUUUUCUUCCCUAUUCACAACAGUGCAUUACAAUCUGCAACAUAUGUUGUUUAUUGAACUGUUUUUUUCUCAUAAGUAAUCUAAACACAACUGUGACCUUUAUUCUGCACCAACAGCAUUCAUAUCAAGACUUUUUGGUAAUAUUGAUUACCUCCUCCCAUUGGAUGUUGUGGUAAGAGUUCUUUAUGGUAUGGUAAAGUUCUGGUACUUCCUCUUAGGUUCUUUGUUUGGCGUAGAGAUACAAAAACAAGAAGAGGUAUGCUUGAUGUGCUGCAAACUUUGGAAAUUAUUUAUGACACAAUCUACAUAUUCUCUUGUAAAAAAAGUUAAUUGUAUUUUUCAUGGGGUUUGAAAUACUAUCACUUUUUGUUUUCACAACGUAUAUGUUAUCAACCCUUUGUCACGUUCUGUUGUCAUCCUGUGUUAUACCAGAUGUUUGUGAGUUUCUUUACCUCUUUCAUGUAUUUGAGCCUCUGUUGUGAUAAAUUAUUUGAAUGCAGUGUUUACCUGACGUUCUAGCAGAGCAUCAAAAGAAGAGGGGAUUUUAGGAGCAUUUGAUCAAUUUGUAUUUAUUUAUUUUACCAUUUUUGCAAUUAAAAUGACAAAGUGACA